UAGAAUCGUUCCUAAUUAUGGAGUUCAAUCACGAUGAACUUUCGUCGCCAGGUUGGUUAAAUGAUGAGUUUUUCCAGCAUGUUUUGUGCGAGUACGAACGUGAUCCGAAGGUUCGGUUGGUGGAUACGUGUGUGCUACGGCCUGGCACAAAAGCUGGUGAUCAUUUUGCGAGCGUUAUGUACCGAACGACGGUACGUUACCAGAUCGGAGGCGUAGAGAAAUCGAUCAACCUCAUCAUGAAGAUAAAACCAGUUUCGGAAGGGUUGAAGAAAGAGCUUCUCGAGGAAGAGGAUUUUUUCGGCAAAGAAAUACGAAUGUACACCCAGGUGCUUCCCGAGAUGGCAAGACUGAUGGAAAGCAUCGGCGAGGAGUAUAAGUAUCCAAACUUGAUCUUCGCAUCCAAAACUCCUCACACGAUAAUUAUCCUGGAAGAUUUAAGUCCCCAGGGCUGGACCAUGAAAGGUUUGCUCAAAAGCUUCGAGGAAAUGCAACCAACGAUCGAUGCCAUCGCAAAAUUUCAUGCCGCGUCUGUAGUAAUGCAAGCGAAUGAUCCGGAUUUUGCGGCUGUGUAUCGGUGCACGAUCGCCGAUACGUUGUGUUCGAUGCGAAGCAUGACCGAUGCCUGUUUCCAUUCGUUUGUACGCUUUCUACGUGAUACGUUGGAGCUUUCCGAGCUGGUUGAACCGGUGGAAAAGUUCCACCAAAGGAUCGAUGACAGUUUACGUGCGGCCUAUGCAACUAGCGAAUCGUGUGCCAAUGUGUUGAUACAUGGGGAUUUUCAUUUUAAAAACUUACUCCAUCUUCAGGCAGGAGAGCGAAUUGUUGAGACAAUGUUUGUGGACUAUCAGAUGUGUAGCUGGAGCUCGCAGAUGGUAGAUUUGUUCUAUCUCACGUACAUGAUACCGGAGCAAUCGGUGAAAACCAGCCAUCGAGAUGCAAUCAUCCAUCGGUAUUUUGGCAAAUUUAGUAGUGUGCUUCGUCGAUUGAACUAUAGUGGAAAGAUUCCAACCUUAACCGAGUUACACGCGGAAAUGCUACGAAAAGGGGAGCUUGAACUGUUCCAUUACAUCGUAUUUUCCUCCUUUCGGUAUACGGACUUAUCCAAGGUGGACUCCGAGGCCUUCUUUCUGGGACGUAUCGAGAAUCCUGCACUGCAGCUGGAAGAGUUUAAAGAAACGAUCAAGACGGAAUUGCCAAGAUUUUUGCACCGUGGCAUAAUAGAAUAG